AUGGGUACACCAAGCGCGGGGAGGUUUGCGGCAGAACGCUGGCAGUGGCAACAUUUGCGGCCGGGUGUCACUGAGGAUUCGCUGCUGAGAAGCUGUCGCAGGAUCCAAAGGGCUUGGCGAGAGCUCGUGCAGCAUAGGCAUGUGAAGCUGGCCAGGCAGAGAGUAUCCAUGGAUGGAUGUGCGCAGCAUGCACAUGUCGAGCCCGAGUCCCACACAGGCGGGGGCUAUGCGCACGGAGUACAUGGGGUGCUGGUCAGCGAGCAAAGGGCACAUGCGCCGGCAGACGAGGACCUUUGGGACGAAGCCGUCUUCUUCCACCAUCCACCGGUUGAUGACGUGCUGUCAGAGCUGGUCAAGCACGAGGCAAGCGCAGCAAUCCUGGGCCGUGAGCCAGCUGCCAGCACUAUCCUGCUCCUAAGAAAGCUGGAACGCCAGUUUCAGCUGAGGUCGCGAGGCUCGGCGCCCUGGCGCCCGCCAUGUGCACUGGGGGAGACUGGCCGGCAGGAGCUGCAGGAAGCAUGUAGAUCUGGGCUCGACCGAUGCCGAGGAGACAUAGAAGUGCUGCGGUUGCUGAUGCCAAUUGCAUGCUCAAUCCGACUCGUGGUUGCCAGCAGCUACGUGCACAGCUUGGAGUUGCAAAGGGCUUCUGCGGUGCUGUCAGAGCUGGAGGCGCCUCUUCCAAUUCCGGGUGGAUCUGUGAGCCUAGAGGUGUUGAGCCAGCCGAUCCUUUCGCGAGCUACGCUCCUCCGCAGCCGGGUCGCCUGGCUGUCGGGUGGUGCUGCCUCUGCUGAAGCAGCCGCGAGGGAUGCCUUGCAGCUCUUGGAAGAGACUCGGAGCUCUGCUUUCUGGCCUCCUCAUCCAUGGGAGCUUGCUGCAUGUCACCGCCUUCUUGCCCUGUCACUCUGCCGAGCCGGACGGCCAGCACGUGCGUUGGGCGAGCUGCAGGGCUUGGGGCAGCUGUUGGUCGACACCCCUGGCUUACUGGCGGACCUGCUGCAUCAGGAUGUACAGGUGCUGCAGCUUGAGGUUGAGGUCGCCCUUGACGUAGACCUUCGCUGCUCUGACAAAGGCAAUGUGCAGGCGUCCGUUCUGCAGUCUUUCAUUCGACGGGCUGAUGCGCUCCUCAAAACCUCGACCCACCUGCCUUGUGCAUGUCGGCUGCUGGCGUUGGCCGCGAAGCUUGCCCUGCUUGCGGAGAUACCCUGGUACGUGGCCGGCGGAGCAAGGGCAGAGGUUGUGAAAGAUGCCUCAGACCGGCUCGAGGAAGCCAGCGUGGUGGAGCCUCACAGGGUUCUUGCAGCUCAAGCUGUUUGCGCUGCCUUGAGCGGAGAUGAAGCAGGCGCCCUAGCUGCCGCCUCUGCCUGGGCUGUAUCUCAGGACACCACAAUAGCGCGCCGCUUGGUUUCUGAGCUUCGUCAGCCUGCUCCGUCCAAGCGGGCAUUGUCGCAGAUCAUGACGGUUUGCCUUGCGCAAGGUGCUAUCUUGCAAGGUGUUUGCACACCAUCCGCUCAAACAGCUGCCUGA